AUGUUGGACACAGUUGUGGCGUCGGUCCUCCACACCAGAUUAUCUCCAAAUGAUAUUCGCUCCUCCGCUGUGAACCAUCUGCUGAACGUGAUAUAUCUGUCUGCCUCGGCCACUUUGGAUGACAUUUCCCGCUCUGAAGCAUACAAGAAGACUCAGGAGACUCUUUCCCAGGCGGGACAGAAGACCAGUGCGGCUUUCACCACAGUGGGCACAGUCAUCAGCAAGAGACUGGGCGACAUGAGAGCUCUACCUUUCUCUAAUUCCUUUAGUAGCAACUAUUCCAUUCGCCACUCGAUAAGUAUGCCCGCCAUGAGAAACUCUGCAACCUUCAAAUCAUUUGAGGAUAGAGUGGGAAACCUGAAGUAUAAGGUUGUCGGCCCCAGAGGGAACGGAGAGGCCGUCGGCUCCCCCACUGACACCACCCCCACUCAGGAGAACCCGCCUUUCUGAAUGCCUCCCUCCUCCUCAUCCUCUGCCUCCUCCUUUCUGCCACCUUCCUCACGACCUGAGACUGUACUGUUAUCACCUCACAUCGCAGACCUUUGACCCUCCACCUCACCGACUCGCCACCGCUCACUUUGCCCCGAGGUCUGUAAACGCAGACGGGCGGCGCCGAAGGACUCGUGGGUUUGGGAGGAGCUUUCCUAUCGCUGCUGGUCCCACGGCCUCCAUUCUGCUGUUGAGGAAAAGGAAAAUGUUUUGUUGAUGUCUAAACCUGAAUAAUUUACAGACCUUGCUUUGUUACAUCGUCACCCCCUGCCUCUACCUCGUCCCUCGUCAGACUCGCACCCCUUUGUUUGUCCAAAUAAGUUAACACUCGCCAAGCACCUUUUUUAAAACGGGUCGUUACUGUUUCGGUAAAUCACCUGGCUUAAGAAAAGGCUUACAAGAGGCAUUAUUAAACUAAAUGAGACUUCACAUUUAAUUCUGGGAUCAGGGUUGGUUAAGAUAAAGGGACUCUGCAGGUGGUGCGUUCAUGGCCCAACUCAAGAGCAGGAGAUCUGCAGACUGAGGGUGGACGAGCAUUUUAAGGGCAUAAGCAAGAUGGUGGUUAAUACUUCUCCUAUAUUCUGUCCUGUUUCUGACUGCUAUCAUAUACUUAUUGAAUCAUGCAUUCACACUGUGAGCACAUGUCACCACAGUACCCCCCCCCCCCUUCACAGCCCACGGUGUGAACGCAGGCUACACUCGCAGGUUAGCUGUUUGACUGGAGCACAUCUGGCCCCUCUUAGACCCUCUCACUGCUACAUGCUUGUGCAUAUCUCAUCUCAGUUGUACCAUACAAACCAUGCAAAGAAGAAAACACCCCCAGGAUGUAAAAACAGAAGAAAAAAACAACCUUAAACCAUUUUGUAUUACAAACUAUUUUACACUGCUUUGCAUAAUGUUUUUACAUAACUUUUAUCAAUAUGUAUAAAUAUAUAUGAAUAAAUAUAUUGUCCCUGGUGCUGCCGAAUGGCAGUGAUCAGGUCGGGGGGUUCAGGAGAAAGCAGGGGGAGGCUCGACAAACUUAAACAAACACUAAAGGUCAGUUUCACACACGUUGUUGUCUGUCAGGGUUUUUCUUCUUUAAAGUACAUUUGUGGUCUAAAAAAAAAGUUGUGUUUGUGAAACUGACUCAUUUCUGAGCCGCGUCGUUUUGUUCCCGUCUCCAUCGGAGGAAACGCAUCAAACUGGUUUCAUCUGACAAACUGGAUCUGGAUGGAUUCAGCAUGUUCAAUGUUUUGAAACCACUUUGACUGUUCGGGUCCGACUGCUGGUUCCUUCCUGUUCGCACAGAAGUCGAUGUGAGGCGACGCUGUGUACACUACCUGGUGAAGGUCAACGCUUCUCUAUCGGCCUUCUUCACCUUCAGUGGGUCACCUGUUGUUAUUCGUUAGCCUUCAGUGGGUCACCUGUUGUUAUACGUUAGCCUUCAGUGGGUCACCUGUUGUUAUACGUUAGCCUUCAGUGGGUCACCUGUUGUUAUUCGUUAGCCUUCAGUGGGUCACCUGUUGUUAUACGUUAGCCUUCAGUGGGUCACCUGUUGUUAUACGUUAGCCUUCAGUGGGUCACCUGUUGUUAUACGUUAGCCUUCAGUGGGUCACCUGUUGUUAUACGUUAGCCUUCAGUGGGUCACCUGUUGUUAUACGUUAGCCUUCAGUGGGUCACCUGUUGUUAUACGUUAGCCUUCAGUGGGUCACCUGUUGUUAUACGUUAGCUGGUAAUUAUUGUUUUUUCCUCGUUUUCUUUUUUUAUUGUACAUACUGGUUGGCAUGAAGGAAGGGGAGUUGGCAUGAUUUAGAGUCCGACUGGCCACAAAAUGUGUCAUGAAAACCUCUCUGCCAACAACCCCUUGAUGCACUCCUGUCAACACACUAAAUGCCCCGAUCUCACACACACACACACACACACGCGCUGCAUGAAGCCAAACUAACACUUUUUGUACCGACUCACUGUUGCUCUUAUUGUUGUGCAGCUGUAGUGAUAAAACAGAAGCGCUUACAAACAUCAUGGCCACGUGUGUCACCUGAACAUGAAUAUAAGAAGGUUGUUUGUUGAUAAAGUUGCCGAUACAAAGGCAACAUGGUCUCUGGUGGUUUGACUAAAAUGGUACACUACUGUUAGUAAUAAUUUCCCGGCCAAAAACACACAAACUCUUUGAGAAAUUGCCAAAAUUGUCUUAAAAUGUUGGUCAAUCUUGAGUUGCUCUUGCGGAUGUUCAUGGUCAAAUUUCCUCGCGGCACUGAAGGUGUUUCAAUGUUGCCAAAAAAUCUUUUUCACCCAUUAAAACUACGAAAUGUUUCUGUUGUGUUCUGGCUCCGCGUCCGUGCAGUGUCUCGGAGCAUCGUGGGUGUUUUUAUUGAGGCCGGAGAAAAGGGUCAUUAUGAGUUGUUAGAAACCCUAAAUGUUUUUAAAUGAUGAAGCCAGAACGUCCCAGCUGGUAGAACACAACGGUGUAACACAGGUUGCUCUCGUGACGGAGCUGGGCUUCAAAGAACAAACAUUAAAUGGAAAUACACACCGCUUACAAACUAAAGUUCCCGGCUUCAAACCCUCUGCCCGUGUGUCAUAAGAGUAUUUUCUUGUUUUGUGUUGGUCGUUAAUAUAUUCCUGUUCGGGUCCCUGUUGGCGUCCCUUCUGUGACGAGAGGUGGACUUUUAGAGAUUUGUUAUUUGUACAAAUACUUUGCCAUCAAUUUAAAAACAAGUUGCCAAUAUUUAAAUAUCUGUUACAGAAGUCUUUCUUUCCGCCUCUGAAUCUCUAAACUUUCUGCUUCGCCAAGAUAAAAACUUAUAUGCACACUUCAAGAAAUAUUAAUCUCAAGUCGUUCAGAAUUUACUCCUAAAAUCAUAUUUUUCUCUCACGCGAGUCGUUCCCUCGUGCUUGAUCUUUGUAGGGCGAUGAUCUCGCGCUGUACCAGGAAAAUACCAUUUUAAUUUGUGAAUGAAAUGACUUGUUAAGAUGGACCUUUCUUUUUUGCGGUGUAGCUGUCGCCUGUUUAAAGCUGCCGUUGUGGGAGACUGGCGGAGGGAAAAGGAUGAUGUACUUUUGUUUUGGGUGCCAAUGGGAGCGUGCUCAGAGGCUGGACGACAGUAGAGUACCUAUAGCUUUAUGUUCGUCCUGGGCCUAGCUGAUGUAGAAUAUCGAAAGGGAUCAGAUUUGGAAGAUUAUGGUGAAAUAAAUAAAACAUUAUUUGGUUUUGUUGUAUAUGUUUGGAUAUCAAUAAAGCAUUCCUUUAAAUGAA